AUGUGCAAGGAGUAUAACUCCCUUAACAAGGAAGGUCAUGAUGAACUACACUUCGACGACCCAGAUCUCACGAAACCGCUAGCCCAAUGUAGAGAACCGAUGUCGCCCAGGGAAGAACGAUUAGGGAUAGAAAAUAAUGUCC